AUGGAAAAAGUUUCAAAGGAAAAUAAAGUAUUAAUAUUGAACAAUUUGGAACGAUUGGUAAUGGAAAUGCUGUUGGAGCUGGUGAUGCGUGGAUCUGCCACAUUUAAAGUUCCACGAUAUCGAACGGAAAGGGAGAAGAAUGGAGAAAUUCACUCACCAUUUCGUUGUGUAACAUAUAAUAAUAAUCGGAGCCGACAUCGUUUUUGCCUGCUGAUCUAUAUGUUGGCUGAGAUUCAUCGUCUGCUGGCUGAAGGGGGUAGUUGCACGGUGCGGGGACUCUAUUAUCGCAAUACCCAGCUGAUCCGGGCACAAUCAUUCAUUGUGGCAGCCAAAUUGGAUGUUUGUCGCAUACUAAAUACGGCGCCAUUUCAUUUGGGAAUUCUGUCGGCAUCCAAAGGUCUACUAGCAGGUGACAUUCGGAUGACAAUGAGCAAUGGAGAUAUUCUAGAUUGUAAUGCCUAUGGUGGAGCCAUUUCGUUGCCCAUUGAUUUUGAAAAUGUUGAUCACAUUGACACCAGAGCCGAACUUGUUUUGAUUGUCGAAAAGGAAUCGGUUUUCGAGUCAUUAUUAUCGCGAAAUAUUUUCAAUUCAUUUGGCAUACGUUUGAUUCUUGUAACCGGCAAGGGAUAUCCGGAUUGCAGUACUCGUCGUCUGGUCCAUCGAUUGACCAUGGAAUUCAAUUUACCUGCCUAUAUACUGGUAGAUGCUGAUCCCUUUGGCAUAGAGAUUAUGCUUGUGUAUCGCCACGGAUCACAGUCUCUGGAUUUCACAUCAAAUCUGCUAGCUACUCCAAGUCUUCGAUGGGUUGGAUUACAUCCUUCAGAAAUAUGCUCGCUUGCCAUAGGCGGAACCGCACCUUUAAGUCAGGAAGAUAAUAAAAAAAUCAAUGAUAUGCUCAAUCGCAAGAAUAUGGAUUUGGGUGUGAGGCAAGAGCUAUAUAAAUUGCAACAAAUGCAGCUAAAAGCUGAGAUUGAAAGUGUUCUCGAUUUCCUAUGUGGUGAUUAUAUACCAAAUAAAGUUAAUCGAAAUUUGUUUCUAUAGCGCUGAGAACAAGAGAAGAUUAGAUUCAAUUAUAUCUUUAAAUAGUUUGUAAUGUAAAUCUGAUAAAUCCUUCGAUUUCUUAUCUAAUUUAUAAUGCUGUUUACAUAUAUAGUAUGCUGUUUACUAUAUAUACUAUAAAUAAUGCUGUUUAACGCAAAUAAUUCCCGAUUUUGGAAAAGAAUCUUAUAUGUAAAUAGAAUAGGCUUAGAUAUAGAUAUAAAUGAAAAAAGGUCGAAAAGUCAAAAGAAAUGCUGUGCAGCAUUACAAUAAUACAUAAUUUAAGAGGAAGUACUAAAAUUCAGUUACAUCUAUAUUAUAUGCAUUGGAAAUGUUAAAGGUAAAAUUAAUGGAUAGAAAUGUGUGUUUUUUCUAAAAUUGACUUAUCUAAGCACAAAGAAGUAAUGUAAAACGUUUGACUAUUUCAUUUUGAGUUAUUAAUAAUAUACCUCAAAUUAUUAAUGUAUUUUUGCUAUGGAUGUAAGAAACAAAUCAUUUCAAUAGUAUAAAUAGCUCAUUAAAAAUGUUAUUGACCUCCCCAACCAGAAUGAAACCUAAAUUAACAUUUUGUGUAGAGUUUGUAAACUGGUUACACUAAGUUAAAACUUCAAAGGAAUCUCUCUUUAAUUACAAUUUAAAGUUCCUUUAUCGUAUUUGUAUUUUUAAGUUUCAAUUACGAACUUAAGUAGGAAUAAGAAUGGGCAAAAUUUGUCAUAAACCUAAAAUGUAAAGAUAGUUGAAUAAUUUUGUUAAUUUUCACUAUUUUUUAUGAAAGGGGAUUGUCCAAAUUUAUCAAAUAUCUAUUCUAUCUAUAAGUAACUAUUUUUUUUUAUAUUGUAAGCAUUA